CAAUAAGGCAGAUUUACAUCACUCUAUGACCACAAUAGCUACGCGUGACAUAGAUCUAGUCACGUUUGGUAGCCUUCGGACAGGUGGUGACGUAUAAUAGCGACUCAUUGCGGAAUUCAGUGAUGAAUUGAUGGUCCAGGCCUUCUCAUCUGCCGGACUAGCGUUGCUAGUAAGACUUAGGUCUUACGGGCUGGGCUAUGCUACUAUGGCAGUGUUUGCGAUGGGAGUUGCGAAAGCCGUGGGGUGGCUGGAACUAGAGAGGGGCAGAGCAUUACAAGGCGACCAAUCGCAAAGAAGUUGCCUUGUCCGUCCUAGUCGUCGCGGUAUUAUUCACGAUAGCCUCAUGGUUCCCGGGAGUGCGCAACCAGGAAAACACCAAUCGCAAACAGGCUCGAUGCACGGAUGGUGCAUAGUGUAGGUGUAGGUUGGUUGUGGGUUGCUCUCGCUGGAACAGAUUGCGAGAACAAGCAAAUGAAGAUAAAAGGCAGUGCAUCGCCGAGAACAUUGUAACGUGAUCAAUACCGUCAUCAGCAACUCUACCCAAUCUUCUCUAC